AAGGAUGACACUGAACAAUGUCACCCUGCGGCACAGCAACAGCGCUCUGCAAUCGCAGCAACAGCGCUGGAGCAUUCCUCCGGCUGAUUGAAGGCACCUGCUUGUCCACAAGGACCCCCACGAGUACAACGUGCGUAAAAGAUAUACAUACAACCCAGAAGAUUAUUACAGAAGGAGCUGGUCAUCUGAGUCUUCUGAUUCGGUCAUCUCCUCUGAGUCUGGAAAUAGCUACUACAGGGUGGUACUGAUUGGGGAGCAAGGAGUAGGAAAAUCUUCCCUGGCCAACAUCUUUGCAGGUGUACAUGACAGCAUGGACAGCGACUGUGAUGUGCUGGGGGAAGACAUGUAUGAACGAACCUUGAUGGUGGAUGGUGAAAGUGCGACCGUUAUACUGCUUGACAUGUGGGAAAAUAAGCGUGAAAGUGAAUGGAUCCAAGAUCAUUGCAUGCAAGUAGGAGAUGCAUACUUGAUUGUCUACUCCAUCACAGACCGAGCAAGCUUUGAGAAAGCCUCUGAACUCAGAAUACAGCUCCGCACAGCACGCCAGACAGAAGAUAUUCCUAUUAUUUUAGUGGGCAACAAAAGUGACCUUGUCAGGUGCCGUGAAGUCUCUGUGGCAGAGGGUCGUGCUUGCGCUGUUGUGUUUGACUGUAAGUUCAUUGAGACUUCUGCUGCCGUCCAGCACAAUGUGAAAGAGCUGUUUGAAGGGAUUGUGCGACAAGUCCGGCUACGGAGGGACAGCAAGGAAAAGAAUGAGAGGAGGCUGGCCUACCAGAAACGGAGAGAGAGCAUUCCCAAGAAAGCCAGGCGGUUCUGGGGCAAAAUAGUGGCCAAGAACAACAAGAAUAUGGCCUUCAAACUGAAAUCUAAGUCAUGUCAUGACCUGUCAGUACUUUAGGAAAGUUGGACAAUAUCAGAUGUUCUCUUUUAUGGACAUUAUUUAACCAUAUUGUGAACAAUAAUCAAUCUAUAUUAGAUUGGAUUAUGAGGCAAAAAUUGACUUGGAUUCACAGUUGUGAUUGUGAUGAAAUGUGAUGGCUACAAGCACACCAUAAUGCAUGGAAAAGUCUUUCUUAUCUUUUUAUUGGUAGUUUAAAAAGAGAAAAAAAACUUUGUCAUAUACCAGGACACCCCACUCUUAAUACUUGGGGAGUAUUUGGGAAUGUACUUUUUGUUUUUCCUUUACCUUUGGAUUAUAGCAUAAGAAUCUAAAAUCAUUGUGAUUUGGGGAACAAAUUCUUCUUAUUUUUUUAAAUGUACAGAAAUGAGGAAUGGUUUGGGAAAUGAUUUUUUACCAACUAAUUCAUCUCAUUUUCUUAAGUACCUACAGCUGAAAAUCUGCAUUUCUGUAGAAUAGCCACCACAACACUUUCUUGUUUCCAGAGUAGUAUCCAUGAACAUAUACAUCUCUAACUUUUAAUGGAAAAAUGCUUCUAAUCAAAGAGUUUUCCUUUAUGAUUUUCAUACUAUGGGAUUGUUAAUAGAAAACGUCAGAUUAAAAAUAGCAUCAAGUGCAAGAUGCCAAAACAUUUUAAAAUCACUUGAGCUUUUAUAAGAAAGCAUGUAGACUUUUUGUACCCAGAUUUGGCCUUUGUGUAUGCCAGAUGUAUGCUGUAUUUAUUAUCUUGCAAGAUAACAGGCAUUUUUUAAUAUUGGGGAAAAUGUAUUUAUUAUCAAGUUUCUUAACAAAAUAGGAAAUUUUAUUACUGUUUUCUAUCUAAUAUCUUUUUCAGAUAAUGCAAGUUUUUACUUACAUGCCUUGUAAUAAAAUAAAUAAAAGAUGCCCCUGCUUUUGGGCCUCAUCAAGAAAUCCCCAAAAUGUCUUUUUACAG